AUGGCACAAGUUGAGCGGGCGUUCGGAGUAACCAACAUCAAGACGCACAUACCUUUUGUGCUCGAUCUUGACGUUUUAAAUUAUGAUGCAUGGAGAGAGUUAUUCUUAACUCACUGUCUGGUAUUUGAUGUCUUAGGACAUGUCGACGGUACCUCCAUUCCCGAGGGUGAUGACGAUCAACCAUGGAAGAAGCGUGACGGCAUCGUAAAGCUUUGGAUAUAUAGCACCUUAGCUCCUCCGUUGUUCAAAUCUUGCUUCAAAACCGGAGGCACUGCUCGUGACAUCUGGCUAAGAAUUGAAAACCAAUUCCGCAACAACAAAGAGGCUCGAGCCAUUCAGCUCGACAAUGAUCUCCGAACAAAGGAGAUUGGAGAUUCAACUGUUCAUGAGUACGCUCUAGCCCUCAAGUCAAUAGCGGACCUUCUCGAGAACGUUGAGGCUCCCGUGAGCGACAAGACAUUGGUCAUGUACAUGCUCAAUGGUCUCAAUGAACGUUUUGAUCACAUCAUUAACGUGAUCAAACAUCAAAAGCCAUUCCCCUCAUUUGAUGAGGCUCGCAACAUGCUUGAAAUGGAAGAGGCGAGAAUGAAGAAACCAAGCAAAAGCAGUGGUACGCACGCCGAUCAUUCCUCAUCCUCUACGGUGCUCGUUACAACUCAAGAGGGAAAGAAUGGACAACCUCGCAAUCAGUCAAGAAACUCCAACAACAGAGGCAAUCGUCGUGGAGGUAGAGGCAGAGGACACAACUUCCAGAAUCGAUACAACUUCAACAACUGGAACAUGCAGCAGCAGCAUUGGCCAGGCAACUACUCGCCAUGGAAUCCUCAGCAGGCGCCUUGGAUGAUGUACCCACAAGGCUACAACCCACGCAUGUUUGCUCCACGACCAACCAACAAUCAAUCUCACGAGGCCAACUUUGCAGAGGGACAAUUUCAGCCAACAACGGACUUCGCAGAGUCUUUCAACACCAUGACCUUGGCUGAACCAUAUCCAAACUGGUACAUGGACUCGGGAGCUUCUUCCCACUUGGCCUCUUCUUCAGGUAUGCUCCAAUCUGUUCUUAAAUUGAACACCGGAAAUAAGGUGAUCGUUGGUAAUGGUUCCUCUAUCCCUAUACAUUUCUCGGGAAACACUGAAAUCAAUUCAAAAACUCAUCCUCUAUCUCUCAUAAAUGUUCUUAUUGCUCCACAAAUUGUUAAAAACCUUAUCUCAGUUCGUCGGUUUACUACUGACAAUUGGUGCUCUGUGGAGUUUGAUCCUUUUGGUUUUUCUGUGAAGGAUCUUCAGUCGCAAAGAAUUCUACUCCGCAGUGAAUCAACCGGAGAUCUCUAUUCUGUCCCGUCUUCUCUCAAUAAAGCUCAUCAUGCUUCUCCUUUCAUAACUGAGCCGCCUUCUUUAUGGCAUAAAAGGUUGAUACAUGCUAAUAAUGAGACUAUACGCUCUUUUCAAUCAUCCAUAAAAGCUUUUCAAUGUGACAAUGGUGGAGAAUACAACAACAAAAAGUUCAUGGAGCAUUUCGAUAUCAAUGGUAUUGCUGUUCGUUUCUCUUGUCCUCACACUUCACAACAAAAUGGAAAAACCAAAUUAGCUCCAUCAUAUUGGGUAGAGGCGCUUCAUGCCGCUACUCACGUCCUUAAUAUCCUACCUUCGUCUGCUAUUGGUAACAAAACUCCUCACUUCAUGCUUCAUGGACAUGUCCCGUCUUAUGAUCACUUAAAGGAAAAACAUGAUGCAGAUGGAAAUCAUACCUCCAACAAGGCUCGUUUGGUAGCUAAUGGGAAAACACAACAAGCUGGAGUUGACUACUACGAGACUUUUAGCCCCGUUGUAAAGCCGGCGUCGAUACGAACUGUCCUCAAUAUCGCCCUUAACCGUGGCUGGAACAUCAAUCAACUAGACGUACAGAACGCCUUCCUACACGGUACGAUCUCAGAAACCAUUUACAUGCAUCAGCCCCCGGGCUUUGUUGACAAGAAAAAUCCACAUCAUACGUGGAAAGGAUAUGGCUUACCUUCUGCUGUCCGUAGACGAUAUAAUCCUCACAGGCAUCCUCCUUUCACAACAGCACUACGCCUCCUUCUAGGUGUGAAGGUUGAGUACAACAAAGCAGGCAUCCUUCUUUCACAACAGCACUACGCCUCGGAGAUAAUUGAGAAAGCAGGAAUGUCUCUAUGUAAACCUCUCUCCACACCAGUUGACGUAAACUCCAAGCUUUCUUCAGAAGGAGGCGCCAAACUCGAUAACCCGACACAUUACCGGAGCUUGGCUGGAGCGCUUCAAUACCUGACCUUCACGCGACCGGACAUAGCCUACGUGGUGCAGCAGGUGUGUCUGUUCAUGCACGAUCCAAGGGCUCAACACAUGAAUGCCGUAAAGAGGAUCAUACGAUAUCUACAGGGCACAAAAGAUCAAGGAAUUCAAAUCUACAGGUCUAGCCUCGACACUCUAACGGCUUACUCAGACGCUGAUUGGGCUGGCUGUCCUGACACCAGACGCUCCACAUCAGGAUACUGUGUCUAUCUUGGAGAGAACUUAAUCUCUUGGUCAUCAAAACGACAACAAACGGUCUCACGCUCCAGCGCCGAAGCAGAAUACCGAGGAGUCGCCAAUGCUUUAGCAGAGACAUGUUGGCUUCGCAACCUACUUCUCGAGCUCCACAUACCAAUGAAGAAAGCAACUCUGAUAUUCUGCGACAAUGUCAGCUCAGUUUACCUCUCCUCCAAUCCUGUCAAGCACCAACGCACGAAACACGUUGAACUUGAUCACCAUUUUGUCAGAGAAAAAGUUGCUUUGGGUGAGGUCAAAGUCUUUCACGUUCCAUCAGCGUAUCAGUAUGCUGAUAUAUUUACCAAAGGACUACCGACAUCAUUGUUCAACAAUUUCAGAGACAGCUUGACCGUUAGGAAAUCCAACGCUCCAACCGAGGGAGGGUGA